AACUAUUAGAAAUAAAUGGCAACAGAAGAAAGGUUCGCAUAAUCUCUGAUGAACUAAGUAGAGAAUUACAAAGAAUAAUUGGCGAAGGUUCCAAACCGAACUUUAUUGACAUAAGUAAAGAUAAUUUGAGACAUAAAGUCAGAAAUGAAAAUGGAGUUUUGGUAUUUCCUGGCGAUACCAUUUGUACCCAACGUCCAACCAAUAGCAUGUCCGACCAUCUGCUCGCAGUAGGUAAAUAUCACGAAAAAGUCCGGGAAACUGAAUCGGCUAGAACUCGAGCCAUUCGCCAAAUCGAAGAAACUAUUCGCAAAGGCAAUAUCGAUUCCACUACCUUGGCUAAUGCCGGAGGAUUUUUAGGAGAAAGUUAUGUGGGCGCCCGACCUUCUGACUGCCUCCAUUGCAGCGACCCCGAAGAAAUGGUUCCUGAACGGUCGGAUCGUAUUAAUGACUUCAAAGACAAUCAAAUUGCUCUUUUGCAAAAAAUAAUCAACAAAUUCAAUGACUACAAAAAUUCAGUUAUUAAAGAAAUCAUUAAAUCAGCCAAAACCCAAGAAAUUAAUGAUUACCAAACUAACCAAUUAGAAGAGGAUAUUAAAAACCUAGUCUCAGCAAACAACCAAGCCAAUGAAGAAGAGAGAAAGAAAAAGGAACAAGAA